GAGUUUGCAGCCAUGACGGCGGCGUAUAAUGCUCCGGUGCUUCUGAUAACGGUGAUCGCGCGGCUAUUGCUAGUGGGGCUUUGGGCGCCGGCGGAAGUACGCCCUUCUGUGGAGCCGAGUCAUAGCUCAGUUCCAUUCAACCGGAGCAGUUUUCCGGCAGGGUUUAUCUUCGGAGCUGGCUCCGCCGCUUAUCAGUUAGAAGGAGCAGCAAGUAAAGAUGGAAGAGGUCCAAGUAUUUGGGAUACUUUCACCAAGAACCACCCAGAAAAAAUUUGGGAUCAUAGCAGUGGUGAAAUAGCUACCGAUUUCUACCAUCGUUAUAAGGAGGAUAUAAAAAUAAUGAAACUGAUGGGGCUGGACUCUUUCAGAUUCUCCAUAUCUUGGUCUAGAAUUUUGCCAAAGGGAAAACUUCGUGGAGGUGUGAAUCCACUCGGCGUGAAAUUCUACAACAAUGUCAUCAACGAACUCCUUGCCAAUGGAAUAGUGCCAUAUGUCACUUUGUUUCACUGGGAUCUCCCUCAAGCACUCGAAGAUGAGUACGGAGGAUUUCUAAGUCCCAAAGUUGUGGAUGAUUAUCGGGAAUACGUGGAUUUGUGCUUCAAAUUAUUCGGCGAUCGGGUCAAGUAUUGGGUAACCUUAAACGAACCAUAUUCGUAUAGCGCUAAUGGGUACAACGGCGGCACAUUCGCUCCCGGAAGAUGCUCCAACUACGUCGGAAAUUGCACUGCCGGUAACUCCGCCACCGAGCCCUACAUCGUCGCCCACCAUCUUCUUCUCUCCCACUCCGCCGCCGUCAAACUCUACAAGCAAAAGUAUCAGAAAAAGCAGAAGGGGCAAAUUGGAAUCACAUUGGUGACUCACUGGUUUAGGCCCAAACGAAACACACCAGCUUCGCAAAGAGCGGCGUAUCGAGCUCUUGAUUUCUUCUUGGGAUGGUUUAUGCAUCCGAUUACUUAUGGCGACUACCCGAAAUCAAUGCGCCAGUACGUCGGUGAUAGGUUGCCGAAAUUCUCCGUUGCAGAGUCGAAAAGCAUUAAAGGAUCGUUUGAUUUUCUUGGACUGAAUUACUACACUGGGAAUUAUGCUGAUGAUGUGCCUUUCUCAAAUUCGCCCAACAAAAGCUAUAGUUCUGAUAUGCACGUCUCACUUUCUACUGAGAAAGACGGUGUUCUAAUCGGACCAGCGACUGGUUUGAACUGGCUUUACAUCUACCCAGAGGGCAUUCGUCUACUAUUGAAAUAUAUAAAAGCACAGUACAAAAACCCAACUAUUUACAUCACUGAGAAUGGUAUGGCUUAUUCAGACAAUAGUACACAACCAAUUAAGGAAGCUUUGAAAGAUGGAACAAGAAUCAGAUACCACCAUGCUCAUCUUGCAUCUCUUCUUGAAGCUAUUAAGGAAGGUGUGAAAGUAAAGGGAUAUUACGCAUGGACAUUGUUGGAUGACUUCGAAUGGGAUGCAGGCUACACAGUGCGGUUCGGCCUCGUCUACGUUGAUUUCAGGCACAAAUUGGCAAGGUACCUCAAGUAUUCUGCUUACUGGUUGAAGCGGUUCCUUCUCCAUUGAGCUUUAUAGUAGAAAUCUCUCCCACUCGCCGGAGCUUCUAUGGAAGCAUUAACGAAUAAGGGAGGUGAUGUGGGUGAAAUAAGGAAGGUCUUUGUGUUGUCUCUGUGUUGGGAAUUUCUAGCAAAAAAGAGCUGUUUGGUGUGAGAAUUCCAACGAAUUUUCAUUGUAGAAGUGUUUGUGAAUCAAGUUGAACCAGGUCAAACUGAUGGAUCCGGUUAAGUUAUUAUGUAGCCUUUUCUUAUUGAUUCCGCUUAAAUAAUAAUAAAAUUAUUGAUGGUUCAGGUUAA